AUGGCAAAGAGAAAGAAAUCUCUUACUGGUAGAGUGGGACGUGAAAGAGAAAGAGUUAAAAAGAGGCAGGCGAGAGAGAAACUUGCAGCACAAGAUGCGUCCCCAGACGAGAAAGUGGCAGAGUCUUCUGUUCCUUGCGGGACAGAGGAUGGAGCUAUGUCAGCUCCUCCCGGUAAUUUUCCGGGGCUUGGUUCCAUGGGGUUACCACCUAAAGAGGAAAAACCCCUGGCCAGGAUGCAGGCCUCACCUCGAGUGAAAAUGCAUUCACCUGCCCCGAGGUUGCCACCUCCUCGGGGAAGUCGUCUGUUUGUCCGUAACGAGGACAAGGCACCGUCCCCUGACUCCCCACCGUGGGUUUGUGCUCCACCGAGGGCACCUGGAUCGGACAUAGGGCAUAUGUCUGGUCCAGCAGGUCAGGCGCAGCUGGAUACCUCCUGGGAGGAGGAGACCAGUAGAAUAUCAAAAGAUGAAGGAACUUUAACGAAAUCAAAAAUGGAAACUGAACGAAUAUCAAAAGGAAACUUGAACGAAUACAAUAUAGAAUCUGAUAUGAGAACAUAUGAGCAUGAGAAGAAUGAGAAUCAUACUGUUUCAGAGAAUGGUUGUGAAGAGAAAAAGAAUGAAAGAAAUGAAGAUCAGUAUUGGCAGAAUUUACCAAAGGAAGGUAACUAUGAAAUACCCUUUUCAGUUCAGGGCUCUUUUCAUCAAGCUCAUCCUAUGUUUGAAGAGAAUGCUGGGACUCAGUGUGUAGCAAAUUGUUUAGCAGGGUUAGCUUAUCACAAACUCAAAAAUGCAAAGAGUUGGACAACAAUGGAUAUGGACAGAGUUUUAAUGACAGGGGAUGAACUGUACACAUAUUUGCAAAGAAGCUCAACAACCAAUCAUAGGUAUUUGCUUGUAGAGGAAUUGCCUCAAUUCUUUGAGUGCUUUAACCGAUCAUAUCAGUUUCAUACCAUUCAGACUUAUGCAAGUGUUAUUAUGGAAAAUGAUGAAAUAAACUAUGCAGAGUUUAAUGCACUUCCACUAGACGAAGCACUUCAGGUUGCCCUUUCAGACACUGAUGGCUGUUUUGUAUGCUUUGGUGGAAAUACAAUGUUUAUAGGAGUGACAGAAAGUGGUUUCUUUGCUUUUGAUUCUCAUUCUAGACGUUCAGAUGGAAUGUUAAGUGUGACAGGAAGGAGCACAAGAGUUUUAUUUCAGCAUGUAAAUGAAGUGUAUUCUCAUCUUCAAGGUCUUGCUUUUUCAAUGGGAUAUACAAGAAAUGUUGAAUGUAACUUGACUAGCGUCUCCUGCAAGAUGAGUAAUAUAGCAAAUGAUAUGUCUGAGGUAGAAGAAAAUAUUGAUGGAAAGUCUGAAGGGUCAAAGUUAUUUGGGGAUACUACACAUGAAACAGGUGAUGCAGAUGAUGACGUGUUUUUCAUUGGUCAUGAGCAGUUCCAGUUCAGCUUCAUUCCCUUGAGUACAAACUUGAAAAAACACCUUUGUGAAAAUUUGAACAUUCCAUUCAUUAGCAUUGGAAAUUCUGGUGAAAUCAAGUGCUAUAGAACUAAUAUUUCAGAACCCUUAUCCGAAAAGAAAAUAAUAGGAGAUGGGAACUGCUUCUUCAGAGCUGUUUCAUUCAGUCUUGCAAAUUCGGAAGAUUUCCAUUAUGUUAUACGCAAUGCUGUCUGUGAGCAUAUAAUAGAAAACAAAGAGUUGUUUCAACCAUUUCUAAGAGAUGGUGUAGAGUCUGUUCAAAGUCACCUGUCGUCGACACAAAUGUCACAGGAAGGUAGUUGGGCUACUGAGGUUGAAAUAUAUGCAACAGCUCAUCUUCUGAACGUUGAUAUAUACACUUUCUCUAGAGAAUCUUGGUUAAGAUUUUUAGUUGUUGAAGUAGAACCUUGCGUGCAGAGCAAAACUGAAGCAAUUUAUUUGAAUCACCACGAGCAGAACCAUUACAAUGUUGUACUGUCUGUUAAUGGGGAGGAAAUUGACUUAGUAUCAAGACAAUGGUUUAGAACUUCUCAAGAGUAUGGAAAGCGAUACCAAAACCGAACACGUAUGCAGGUGAAAAGGCAAUCUAGGACAGUAAAAAGAAAAAAAUUUAGUCCAGUCAAAAAACGGAACGAAUAUUUAAGACGGAGAUAUAAGGAAGAUGAAGAAUUCAGAGAGAAGAAGCUCAAAACAUUGUUUGUUAAAUAUGCGACAGAUGAUAAUUUCAGGGAAACUGUCAAGAAUAGAAAUAUUGAUAGAUAUGCAAUGAACGAAAAGCAUAGGGAGGGUGUCAGGAGGAGAAGUAAUGACAAGUAUGCGACAGAUGAUGAACAUAGAGAAAAUGUCAAAAAGAGAAGCACUGAGAAAUAUGCAUUAGACAUACAGCAUAGGGAAGAUGUCAAAAGGAGAAGUAUACAAAAGUAUGAAAUGGAUGAGGAACAUAGAGAAGAGGUAAAAGCUAAAAGUAAACUGAAGUACAAGACAGAUGAAAUGCAUAGAAUUCUAGUCAAUACUGCGAGUACAAAGAGAUACAGGGAAAAUGAAAAUUUCCGAGAAGCAAAGCUCAAAACUGCAGCUAACAAGUACAAAAGUGAUGGUGGUUUCAGAUCAGAAGUUAAAGAAUCGAGUAGACAUCAAUACGAUUCCAGUGCAAAAACAAGAAUGAAAAAGAAAGAUAUGGUAAAAAGUCAGAGAAAUGCUCAAAGAGCUAGACUGGAAAAUCAAGAAGAGGUUGUGAAAGUCUUUAAGGAAAAGGUUGUGCAAGGCAUUGAUUAUUCUUGCUGUUGUUGUGAUCGGCUCCUGUUUCAGAAUCAAGUUCAAAGAUGUGAAAGAAAAGCAUAUGCCAAGACUGAGCAGACAGCGCAUGUUGCAGACUUGUGUAUUCAAGAUAAGUACUAUCACCGAUGCAUAGAAUCAUGUCCAAAGGAUUGCAUUAAGUCAACGUUAUGGAUUUGUUAUACUUGUCACAGGAAAAUCUUGAGCGGAAAUCUUCCAGCAGAAGCUGCAGCUAACAAAAUGGCCUUGGAAGAUAUUCCAAAGGAAUUGAUAGAAUUGAACAGUCUUGAGAAACACUUAAUUGCAAUACACAUACCUUUCAUGAAAGUCAUGAGUCUUCCUCAUGGUGGUCAGAAAAAUAUCCACGGGCCAGUUGUAUGUGUACCAUCAGAUCUGAAGAAAGUUACAAGUUUACCAAUGAAACCCGGGGACGAUCUUCUACUUAGAGUCAAACUAAAGAGAAAGUUGAAUUACAAAGGGUACAGUGAGUACCAGUUUGUUGAUCCAAAGCACAUAUGUGAGGCAUUGAAGUUUUUAAAACUUAACAACCAAUGGUAUGAAGAUGUAGCUGUCGAUACAAAUUGGAUAGGACAAAUUGAAGAUGGUGAAGAAAUAUCGGAGGUUGGCGAUUCACAAUCAGAGGAUGGUGAUCAACAGCGCACUGUGUCGGAUACUUGUCUACAACCUGUUGAUAUUGGUCAGGAGGUUCUUGAUCAUUACUUCGAUGAUAUUUAUGACAUUGCACCAGGAGAAGGCAACAAUCCAGUAAGGAUGUUACAGGAAGAAGGGAACGAGGCAAAAACAUUUCCAUACCUUUUCCCGAGUGGGCGUUUUUCAUGGAAUGACAUGAGAGAUACACGAAUAACACUGUCAAGAUACUUCAACAAUCGUCUUAUGAAUACAGACGUGAGAUUUGCGAGAGACAGUAGUUACAUUUUCUUCAGUCAGUAUAUGUCUGAUUUAAACCAAGUUAUUGAGAAGACCCAGAUAUCUGUUAGAAAAUCAGUCAGAAGAAUAGGAAAUGACCAAGAAGUGACAGCAAAUAUGGUACAGGACCCUGAAGUACUUUCCAAGUUGAUGAAAAGUGACGAGGCUUUGCGAUUCAUGCAACCUAUUCGUGGAACACCAGCAUACUGGUCAGCCGCACAGAAGGAUUUGUUUGCUAUGCUUCGGCAACUAGGAAUACCUACUUGGUUUUGCUCCUUCUCUGCUGCUGAACAUAGAUGGAAUGAUGCGGUCGCAACAAUAUUGAAACAACAAAAUGAUAACAGAGAUGCUUGUAUGUUAGACUGGUCUGAAAAGAAUGAGGUUCUAAGAAGUAAUCCUGUCACUGUUGCCAGAAUGUUUGAGCAUAGAUUUCAUGUUUUUCAGAGAGAAGUGAUAUUUUCACCUUCAGAACCAAUUGGGAAAGUGUCCGAUUUCUUCCAAAGAGUCGAAUUUCAACAAAGGGGAUCACCUCACAUGCACUGCUUAUAUUGGAUAGAAAAUGCACCAAAACUUGAUGAAGACGGAGAGGAAGCCGUAUGUAAUUUUAUAGAAAAAUACGUAAGUUGUGCAGUGCCCUCUGAGAAAGAAGAUAUGGAGCUGAUGAACAUUGUCUUAGAGGUACAACAGCAUAGCAAAAGCCAUUCAAAAUCAUGCCGAAAGAAGGGCACAGAGUGUAGAUUUAAUUUCCCAAGACCACCUUCUGUAUGCACAUUCAUCAAUUCUCCACUUGAGGAAGACGAUACUGAGGCUACAGAUUUGCAAAAACAACAGUCAAUUGCUAAGGAAAUUCUUUUACAAGUUUGGAAUGAAGUGCAAGACGAAGGAAAUAAAUCAAAAACGACCGAAGAUAUUUUCAGUCAUCUAGGAUUAACACAAGCGCAUUAUGAGGAAACUCAUAAAAGAUUAGCAAAAAAGAGAACUGUAGUUCUUGAGAGAAAUCCAAAUGAACUCUGGAUAAAUCAGUACAAUCCAUGCCUCUUAAAAUGCUGGGAUGCCAAUAUGGACAUUCAGUUUGUUUUGGAUCCAUUUAGUUGCAUUGUCUACAUCAUUUCAUACAUUUCAAAGUCUGAGAGAGAAAUGGGAAUGCUGUUAAAACAAACAAAAAUAGAAGCAGAAGAAGGCAACGAGAGUGCACGAACAACUCUAAAGAAAAUUGGUUCUGCCUAUCUGAAUCACAGAGAAGUGAGUACUCAAGAAGCUGUUUAUCGUGUAUGUAACCUUAAAAUGAAGGAAUGUUCAAGAAAGGUAGUGUUUGUACCAGUGGGUGAUAAUCCAACUCGACUAACUAAGCCAUUGUCUCAACUAAAGAGAAAUCGCAGAAAGGUGAACGAUGAAAAUGUUGAGAAUGACGAGGAAGAAGAUGACAUUUGGAUGUCAAAUGUAGUAGAAAGAUAUGAAAAUCGACCUGACGAUCCAUUGUUUCAGAAUAUGUGUUUGGCAGAAUUUUGCUCUGAUUUCAGAAUACUUGCUAAAUCACAGCUUCCAAAGACUCAAAACGAAAAUGUGUUUGAACUGAAGAACGCAAAAGGUUUUGUCCAAAGAAGAACUCGUACAAAGCCAGCUGUAAUAAGAUACCCUAGAUUCAACCAAGAGAAAAUGUCAGAAAAGUAUUACCAAUGUCUACUACAGCUCUUCUUACCUUACACGACACAAAGUCAGUUGAAGCCUCCUGGGUUUGAGCUUUUUGAAGCAUUUUAUGAAAAUGGAUAUGUACGAAUACCAGGAAAGCAGAAAGUGCAGUCAGUGAAAUCCAUUGUUGACAAAAAUAGAACACGUUAUGCUCAAAGUGAGGAUAUCAUUGCAGAGGCAAUGGAAACAUAUGAAAAUAUCGGAGAACCAGAAGACGCUUGGGCAAACCUUUGUCCAGAGACAGAAUUAAUGAGACAAGAAUGCUCUGCCAUAAGAAAUGAAUGUCAAGAUUUGAUUGAUACAGAAGAGCUUCCAGACUUGCAAACUGAAAACAGUUCAGACGUUCUGUACAAAGUACAACAGAAUGCACAAUCAAGGGAGGAAAGUAUGCAGAUUCUUCAAAGUUUAAAUGAAACACAAAUGAGAGUAUUUUACUUGGUACGUGAAUGGUGUUUGCAGAAAAUUUUUGGAGAAAAAAGUGAUGCACUGCAUAUUUUUAUAACAGGUGGAGCAGGAACAGGCAAGAGUCAUCUUAUCAAAGCCAUACAUUUCGAAGCAUCACGAAUACUAGGGAAAAAAAUGACUUCUCCUGACAGUGUUUCAGUACUACUGGCCGCUUUUACCGGAACAGCUGCAUUCAACAUUGGAGGAAAUACGAUCCAUCAUUUAUUUUCAUUGCCCAAGUAUAUGUCUCUGCCAUAUGAACCAUUGAAAGAACAGAGUUUAAGUGAAAUGAGAGUUCAACUUGGAGAUCUGCAAAUUUUGGUUAUUGAUGAAAUAUCCAUGGUGUAUAAAAGAUUAUUAUAUUAUGUUCAUGAGAGAUUAGUACAGAUAAAGAAAUGCAAGGAACCAUUUGGUGGAGUAUCAGUGCUUGCUGUGGGAGAUUUCUACCAGCUUCCUCCUGUAAAACAUCGGAAAGAUGAAAGACUGUAUAAAGACAAUGCUCUUUAUCCUGUUGAUUAUUGGGUAGAAUUUUUCAAAGUUGUGGACUUGACUGAGAUCAUGAGACAACGUGAAGACAUUCCGUUCGCAACUGCACUGAAUUCACUUCGGACUAGACCAGUAACACAACCACUGGAAGAGGAAAUACGCUCUAUCUUGAAUGACUGUGUAAGGGAGGGUCCAGAAGAUGUUCUCCACGUCUAUGCGACAAAUGACGAAGUCAAUGCGUAUAACUUGACAAUGCUCAAAAGCACUUGUCCAGACCUUGUUGAGAUUGACGCUAAAGACUUUUCGAAAGAUCGAACAACAGGCAAGCUAAUCCUAAGGAGUAAACCAAUGAAGUCCAAAACAGACAAUCUUUCUAGCAGUUUGUUAAUGGGUGUCAGUGCAAGAGUUAUGCUCACAAGAAACUGUAAUGUGGAUGACGGCCUAGUAAAUGGAGUAAUGGGACACAUCUCUCAUUUUGUGUAUAGCCAGAAGCAAGCUACAAAAACCGUUAUUGCAGUCGGAGUAAUAUUUGACAAUGUCAACGUUGGGAAGAAGUCUGGAAGAAAAACGAAAAAUGGAAACAUUGUUCUUAUCGAAAGGGUUCAAGAGGAGAUACUAGAACAGAAAAGACAAAAUGUAGUUCGACAUCAGAUUCCAUUACGCUUGUCGUGGGCAUGUACUUCUCACAAAGUACAAGGAAUGACAGUGGACAAGGUCGUAGUCAACCUAGAUAGGGCAUUCUCUCCUGGACAAGGAUAUGUAGCUUUGAGUAGAGUGACAUCAAAAGAAGGAUUAUUUAUUGAAACAAACAAUGUUGAGUUGCUACAGAAGAAAAUAUACUGUGAUCCAGAAGUCAAAACAGCCUUGCAUGGUAUGCCAAAAUUGGAACUUCCUUACUUUAAUCAAUUAGAACAAAGGAUGACACUUUUCCUUCACAAUAUUCAAAGUCUCAACAAACAUUUUGAGGAUUUGCAAAAAGAUAUCCGAUACAGGAAUGCAGAUAUCAUCUGCCUAACAGAGACUUGGUUGAGAUCUGGACAAAAUGUUAGUUCAUUUUCAAUAGAGGGAUUUAGUUUUCACCAAGUAGCCAGAGGAGAUGCAUAUGAUGACAGCAAUGGUCACGUUUUACAGUUGCGUUCAUCAAAGGGUGGAGGUGUGGCUGUUUACAUUAAAGAUACAGGACAGGAAAAUAUUCUAUGUUCCCUACCUGUGAAGAACGUGGAGGCCAUAUGCGUGAAAUGUCUCUUUCCAGAUAUG